AUGGGUAGCAGGAAGUUUUCAAAACCACCGGUCAAGGUAGCCUGCCUUAAUUGUCGCGUAGCCAGGAUUCGAUGCGACGGACAGAAGCCCUGUGGCCUUUGUGCAUCCAAAGGCAAAGAAUGCUCGUAUGUGCCCAGUAGACGCGGAGGACCCCGCAGGAAAAAGCACCAAAGCCAUUCUCCCGAACCUCGUAUACAACAAGAUGAUGCGCAACAUCCAAACUCGCUGUUGGACCCCAAUGUCGACAAAAGGCCAUUUAUGUUCGAUCAAUUCGAUUUGUUAUCUAUACCUGCGGCGGGCUUGCAGGCUCUAGAUCCGAUGGAUCUCUCCCCCUCUCUCAAGGUUCCGAUACCGUCGAAAGCGAUCAAUUUCCUACGCGGACAGACUCAGAACCAAAUAUUAAACGCCUAUUACGACUUCAUUCAUGACUAUUUCCCAAUUCUACCGCCUAGGGUAUCGCCACCCUUGCCCGAUGAGCCAAUCGACAACCAUGCUCCGCAUGCUGCUUUCCCGCCCAAAAGCCCAGCGAUGCUCUAUGUACCUCAAUCCCCUCUUAGCCUUGCCGUAUCAGCAAUUCUGGCUUUGAUCCCGCACCCCGAGGACCCGGAACCACUUUCUGAGAAGUCUGUGAUGCAACGGAGGGCAUAUGCACAUACAUUUGCUGCCCUUGCAAGCUCGAAAGCCGAGGCAGAUUGGGAUUUCGAGUCAUCAUGUGAUCUUAGCCAACCAUUGCCAACCCAAGAGCCUUCAAUUCCCCGAGGAAGAUUCCAUGAUCACACACCGGUAGAACUGGAAAGCAUUUUGGCUUUGUUGGUGCUUUCGGUCUACGAAUAUGCACAGAGGGGAAAUCUGUUGAAGAUGAAAUCCCGCGCUGGUCAAGCCUUGUCGAUUGCUAUGGACAAAUCCCUCAAUCGUUGGAUGGUUGAAGAUGGAGAUUCGGAAGCCCGGCGAAGGGCCUGGUGGAUGACGUACUACUGCUUUAUCCAAUGCUCAAUUGUCAGCUCCACGCCGCUCACGAUUACCAUCAAUGACCCUGAAUUCAAAACUCCAUACCCAAGGUUCUCGUCAGAUAAAGAGGGCUGGUCGAUCCUAAUUCAAACGCAGCAAUUGCUGGUCUCAGCCACUCAAUACAUCACCGAGCUCGACAAAGCACUUUCGUCCCGCACAAACCUUAACCCCAUCUUCCAGGAAAUGCAAAGACUCGAUGCUUGGGCAAGAUUCAUACUCGCGCAAGUGGACCAGCUUCCCACCCUCGCACGCGAGCCAGAUAGAAGCGAUUACAGCGAGAUCAUCACAGCCAAAAGCAUCCGCGCGAUGUCGCGAAUCAAAUUGAGCAGCGCCCGCAUAAAAAUCCACCGAUUCCGUGCCUUCUCCGAUAUUCCAAUUUUCAUAAAGAAGCAUUGCGAUCUGGCAGUCGCUUAUACAGAUGAAUCGAACUCUCAUACAGAUGGAAAUGCCGUGGUAGCUCAGGCCGAGACCGAAAAUCCAUCAUGCCCAUGCAGCAACCUAAAACCAUUCCAAGAUGCCUCGUCCGUCGAGUCAUCCUUCCAGCCUAGCAACUCAAAUGCAGAUUCUUCAGCCACGCAGGGACCAUUCUUGCUAAACUUCCCCUAUAGUUGUCAACACUCCACGAAGGUCUGUUACCAGGCUGCGAUUGUCAUUUCGAAGAUGUUUGAGAGUCUGCCUAUUCCACAUCCUCUACAAAACCAAUAUCAACAGCAGCUAAAUCGCAGAAUACUUCCCCGAACAAUGCCAUCGUUUGCCUGUUGCCUCAUGCAAAGCAGCUACGCUAUGCUUAUGUUGUUCUAUAAAGCUCGUGUGGGUGUGGGGUUUUGUUCAGGGCCAGAUGAAGAAGACACCGAAACCUCCCUUGCAGAACACAUAAGUGAGCUGCGGUAUGGUCUACGACGUACGAUCACUGCGGCUUCAAACUACUCACAAGCGUUUGAAGCAUUGAAAGGAAUGAGAGACGAAAUUCGUGGCGCAUAUGAAACCGCUUUCCCUGAAGACUUCAUGGGCGGAGAGGCCACUGCUAUCUCUGCAGAUGGCAAUAGAAUUGGUGUUAAUGGUUUCAAUGAGACCGUGAAUGGAACAUGA